AUGGCCUUUCACGUAGCUUGCCCAAUUACAUGCCGUCGGCUUUGCUCCUGCUCCUUAGGGUUUUCUCGGGAUCUCCGUGGAGCCAAUGCCAAGGAGGAGUUUCUGAAAGAGGUUGAUCGAGUUGAGGAUUUACUAAUCGAUCCAUGGGGCUCUUCUUCUAGGGUUCUUACGGUUCAGGUUAGGGUUCCUAAGGUCGCCCCUGCUCCUCAUUCGGUUUCCUCGGCUUCGAUUUUGGGGGUUGGAGAUGGCGGCAUUGAUGAAGCGGCUGAGGAAGCUUCGGCGCAGAAGAAGCGUUUUGCUCUUCAGAGACAAGCCGCCGUUACGGUCGAGGCUGCCGAGGAUUACGCUCGGAGGUUUGAAUCUGGUGUCAACGAGCUUCCUUCAAGUGAUCAAGCUGGUGAGGAACUAGCUCAGUCCGGUAUGAAUAUAAUGUGCAGAAUGUGCUUCUUGGGAGAAGGCGAAGGAAGUGAGAAAGCAAGGAGGAUGCUCUCUUGUAAAGACUGUGGCAAGAAGUAUCACAAGAACUGUUUAAAGUCUUGGGCCCAACAUAGAGGUACUUCAUUCAAUUCCUUGCUGUCCUUUAUUGCUGGCUUGCUUAGGCUUCAGCUUCUUCGUCUAAUUGCUUUAAGUUUCAGAUUUAUUUCAUUGGAGUUCAUGGAGUUGUCCCUCGUGCCGGGUUUGCGAGGUCAGUUAGAGUUUGUUUCCAAGUGUGUCUGCCGUAGAACAGGAGAUCCUAACAAGUUUGUCUUCUGCAAAAGGUGUGAUGCUGCUUACCACUGCUAUUGCCAACAUCCUCCACACAAGAAUGUAAGUUCCGGGCCAUAUCUGUGCCCAAAGCAUACAAGAUGCCACAGCUGUGAUUCUACUGUCCCUGGAAAUGGCCUAAGUGUCAGGUGGUUUUUAUCAUAUACUUGCUGUGAUGCUUGUGGCAGAUUGUUUGUGAAGGGAAAUUAUUGCCCUGUAUGCUUGAAGGUGUAUAGGGAUUCAGAAUCAACACCAAUGGUAUGCUGCGAUAUUUGUCAAAGCUGGGUGCAUUGUCAUUGCGAUGGAAUAAGUGAUGCGAAAUAUCUUCAGUUUCAAGUUGAUGGAAACCUACAAUAUAAAUGUGCCACAUGCCGUGGGGAGUGUUAUCAGGUGAAGGAUCAUCAGGAUGCAGUUCAAGAACUUUGGAAGAAAAAAGAUGUGGUGGACAAAGACUUGGUUGCUACUUUGAGGGCUGCUGCUGGUUUGCCAACCGAGGAAGAAAUAUUUUCGAUAUUCCCGUUUUCAGAUGAUGACGAAAGUGGUCCCGUACCUGGGCGCUCUUUGAAGCUCUCUAUCAAAGGCUUGGUGGAAAAUUCCUCAAAGAAAAGCAAGGAGCAUGGGAAAUACUCCUUUAACAAAAAACAUGCUAGUAAAAAAGGUCACCACACCAAGAUAGAGCCCCAACAGGAUUCUGAAGUUCAUCAGGAGAUUGAAUCUCAGAGACGCAGGCUAGGUGGCGCUAGAGUAGAUAGUGUGGGGUUUCAGAUAAAUGAACGAUCUGAUGUUCAAUCCUCUGUAGCUGGAAUUUGCUCAACACAUGAACCGAGGAUUGUGAAACACAAGAGGCUUGAUGAUGUUAUGGUGACUGAUGAGGAAAAGCCAUCAAGGAUAGUCAGAAUAAAGUGUAGCAAGCCUCACGAUUCUGAUAGCGAGGAUAUUUCAAGGAAUGCAGGCGAGGAGAAAUCUGUGAAGGGAAAGAAGUUGGUCAUUAACCUUGGUGCUAGGAAAAUUAAUGUUAGUGAUUCUUCUAAGUCCAAUGAUGUAUCUCAUUUACCGAGGGACAAAAAAGAUCAGUCUUCAAGCGAAGUACGAACUUUGAAGAUUUCUGGAAGGUUUGGCAAAACUCAUUCUGAAGGGAGUAAAGCUACAUUUGGGGUAAUCACGCAGUUCCCUGCAUCAACAUGUGAAGCAAGUCAUGUGGAUGACAAAACAUCCUCACCAUCUUUACAGAAAGAAGCAAGGCCUCUGCUGAAAUUUAAACUCAGGAAACCUAAUUCGGGAGAUCAGACAUCUUUGGUUACAACGCAGUCUGAGGAUGAAAAACUGAGUUCCGCAAAGGGUCAAAGAUCGAAGAGAAAGAGACCGUCAAGCUUAGUGGAUAAGGCUUCCUUGGAGGAAGACGGUGAAGCUACAACACAUUCUCAUCCAGAUAGUUCAAGGAGCGAUGAGAUGAUGGAUGCUAACUGGAUUUUGAAAAAGUUGGGUAAAGAUUCAAUAGGAAAGAGAGUCGAAGUCCUUGGAUCUCAAAACUCAUGGAAGAAAGGAACAGUAACAGACGUUAUUGGAGACUCAUCCACAUUGUCGGUUUCUCUAGAUGAUGGAAGCAUCAAGACAUUUGAACUCGGAAAGCACAGUGUCCGCUUCAUACCGCAGAAGCAAAAGAGGUCUAGGAGUUGA